AUGUACAUACACACACAGACAUGUACAUACACACAGAAACAUGUACACACAGACACAUGUACACACACACAUAUAUGUACAUACACGCAGACACAUGUACAGAUACACAUGUGCAUACACACAGACACGGACACAGCCCUAUAAAAAGAUGCAGUAGUUCAUUACCUUCACUCACAGAGCCGAGUACUGCACUCUAGGGGGAGGCAGAGAGCACAGCACACACUCCUUCCUUUGCUUUCACUUUGCUCAACUAUUGAGCAGUCUGCCGGCUCCCAGUGCGAGUGACAGAUCUGGCCUGAACUUCGAGCCUGCUCAGCAAGACGGCCCUGGGGACACACUCGUCCCCACCAUAAUUUCCACUCGCCAAUGCGAGCAGGCGAGUGGAAAUUUCAAGGCCUAACUUA